AUGACAGCGAUCUCAGACUCCGGAUCAGGCCCUUCAUUAGCCUCAGGCGCCGUCAGACAGUGCGCCGUUUUGCUGAUGCACCUCAUCCGCAUUCUGGAGUCUCAGCCUGGAAACCUGGUUGAUAAGCUGGACGAGAAUUUCCGACGUGUCCCUGGGUUCGGUACCUUCACGAUCCGAAAAUUUGCGGCGAAUGUGUCCGAGAUGAAGAAGCUCGCCGCCCGUGACUUCGAAGACAUCCUUCAGUGCGCUAUACCGUGUUUCGAAGGACUUCUGCCAGAGCCGCACGACAGCAAUGUCCGCAUAUUGCUCUUCACACUCGCAUACUGGCAUGGUCUCGCAAAACUCCGCAUGCACACUGACUCUUCGUUGGCUUUACUCGACACAGCUACGACUGCACUUGGUGAGGCUCUGCGACAAUUCGAAGCGGUAACUUGCCCUGCCUUUACUACCCAGGAGUCAUCGGCUGAGUACAGCAAACGAAUGCGCAAUCAUGCCCGGCUCGUAACCAGAGGUCUCGCCCCAGCCCAAUCUGCUCCGUCUGGUCGGCGGCCGCGCACUUUCAAUAUGAAGACGCCGAAGACGCACUUCCUUGGCGAUUAUGUCGCAAACAUCCGUGCAACCGGAACAACAGACUCUGGGUCAACACAGACGGGCGAGUUCAAGCACUGUGAUAUCAAGAGGCGCUAUGCUCGUACCAACAAGAAGGAUGCGGAUGAACAGCUCGUAGCGCAGGACGUCAUUACCUCCAAACUGAACCACAUGGCUGAUGAGCUCCACGACAUCGGUGUCGAUGUUCCGAGUACACGCUCAACAGUCCAGCUUAUCGAUGACGAGGCCACAGACCCGUCUGCUGUGCAAGAGCAUCAUCGUAUUGCCGUCGAGCAACGUAACACAGUCUAUCUUAGUCAACUCAUCGCUGACCACCCCGACGACCCUGCUCUGCACUCGUUUGUGCAUGACCUCAGGACGCAUCUCCAUUCUCGGCUUCUGGCAACAGAUCCCUCGUGGCCUGCAGAUGCUGCCCUAAUCCUGGAUCGUAACUGUCUCUUCGCCCAUGCUACAGCACGUGUCAACUUCACUACCUACGACUUACGUCGAGCACAGGACAUCAUUCAUGUCGGGACCGAUAAGUGCUUUGUCAUGGUGCACACACCUGGGAGCGCUGACGGCUCACUCUAUCCGUGGACAUAUGCGCAGGUCCUUGGCAUAUACCAUGCUAACGUCCUUCGCCCAGGCUCAACUAGCAAGCUGCGGAUGGAGCUCCUCUGGGUCCGGUGGCUCGAACGCGACCAAACUUGGUCAAGCUCGGCAAACGACUUUAGGCUUCCCCGGGUCUCUUUCUUGCCGUCCACGUCCCCUGAUGCAUUUGGCUUCAUAGAUCCUGCUGAUGUUCUUCGUGCGUCGCAUCUGAUUCCUGGUUUUCACUAUGGCCGAACGUUCUCGCUGCUUGGCCCCUCUCUCGCUCGCAAUGUGGCAGGAGACUGGCGUUAUUAUUAUGUCAACAGGUUUGUUGACCGAGACAUAGUCAUGCGCUAUGUGGGCCUAGGAGUUGGCCACCUGACAUGUCGUGCUCAAACGGUGGACAAGCUCGAUGUCGAAAUUGUGUUCUCUGCAUGCACUGCCGACCCGGAACCGCCAUCGUCUCCCCAAGUCGGCAGUGCCGAGUCCGAGUCAGCAACUGAUAGCAGCAUGGUUGCAUGCCCUCUGGAUGAAGAAGACGAAACGAGCCAAGACGAGUAUAGCUCCGAUGAAGAUCGACUACUCGCCGACCUGCAAGGCGAUGAAUCGGAUGCUAGCGCCUUCGAAGACGACCUCUAG